GAGGCCGAGGCCGAGCAACGGAGCGGGCCGGGCCGCGCUGGCGGCGGCGGCGGCUUCGGCGAUGAUGGAGAUCCAGAUGGACGAGGGCGGCGGGGUGGUGGUGUACCAGGACGACUACUGCUCGGGCUCGGUGAUGUCGGAGCGGGUGUCGGGCCUGGCGGGCUCCAUCUACCGCGAGUUCGAGCGCCUCAUCGGCUGCUACGACGAGGAGGUGGUGAAGGAGCUGAUGCCGCUGGUCGUCAACGUGCUGGAGAACCUGGACUCGGUGCUCAGCGAGAACCAGGAGCACGAGGUGGAGCUGGAGCUGCUGCGCGAGGACAACGAGCAGCUCCUCACCCAGUACGAGCGGGAGAAGGCGCUGCGCAAGCAGGCCGAGGAGAAGUUCAUCGAGUUUGAAGAUGCCCUGGAGCAGGAGAAGAAGGACCUUCAGAUCCAGGUGGACCACCUCGACCUGCAGACCCGACAGCUGGAGCUCAAGGCCAAAAACUAUGCAGACCAGAUUUCCCGGCUGGAGGAGCGGGAGUCAGAGAUGAAGAAAGAGUACAACGCCCUGCAUCAGCGCCAUACAGAGAUGAUCCAGACCUACGUGGAGCACAUCGAGCGGUCCAAGAUGCAGCAGGGCGGAGGAAACAGCCAAUCGGAGGGCAGCCUGCCUGGGAGGAGUCCUCGCCAGCACUGGAGGAAAAGGAAGGAGCGCCCCACCUCUCUCAACGUGUUCCCCCUCGCCGACGGAAUGGUACGUGGACAGAUAGGGGGCAAGGUCAUCCCCACUGUGGACCACUGGCACCUGAGUGACCUCGGCCAGCUGCAGUCCAACUCCAGCUACAAGUGCCCUCAGGACGAGAUGUCUGAGUCUGGCCAGUCCUCGGCCCCCGCCACGCCCAGCACCACGGGCACCAAGUCCAACACGCCGACGUCCUCGGUGCCCUCCGCCGCCGUCACCCCCCUGAACGAGAGCCUGCAGCCCCUGGGCGACUUCGGUGUCGGAGGGAAGAACAGCAAACGGGCACGGGAGAAGCGCAACAGCCGCAACAUGGAAGUGCAGGUCACCCAGGAGAUGAGGAACGUCAGCAUCGGUAUGGGCAGCAGCGACGAGUGGUCGGACGUCCAAGACAUCAUAGAUUCGACGCCAGAGCUGGACGUGUGCCAGGAGCCCCGGCUGGAACGCACGGGAAAUAGCCCGACCCAGGGAAUCGUGAACAAGGCGUUCGGCAUCAACACCGACUCCCUGUACCACGAGCUGUCCACUGCGGGAUCCGAAGUCAUCGGGGAUGUGGAUGAAGGUGCAGACCUACUAGGGGAGUUCUCAGUGCGGGAUGAUUUUUUUGGAAUGGGCAAGGAAGUGGGGAACCUACUUCUGGAGAACUCACAGCUCCUGGAGACCAAAAACGCUUUGAACGUGGUGAAGAACGACCUGAUCGCCAAGGUGGACCAACUGUCCGGAGAGCAGGAAGUGCUGAAGGGAGAGCUGGAGGCCACGAAGCAGGCCAAGGCCAAGAUGGAGAGCAGGGUCAAGGAAUUAGAGGAGGAGCUGAAGAGAGUGAAGUCAGAGGCUAUCACUGCCCGAACAGACCCCAAAGAAGAGGUGGAGGAUGUAAGCAGCUAUCUCUGUACAGAAUUGGACAGCAUCCCCAUUGCCCAGCGCCGCCGCUUCACCCGCGUGGAGAUGGCCCGCGUGCUCAUGGAGCGGAACCAGUACAAGGAGCGGCUCAUGGAGCUCCAGGAAGCCGUGAGGUGGACAGAGAUGAUCAGGGCGUCCCGGGAGCACCCGUCUGUCCAGGAGAAGAAGAAAUCGACCAUCUGGCAGUUCUUCAGCCGCCUGUUCAGCUCCUCGUCCAGCCCGCCGCCCGCCAAGAGGGCCUACCCCUCGGUCAACAUCCACUACAAAUCUCCCACCACGGCUGGCUUCAGCCAGCGGCGCAGCCACACCAUGUGUCAGAUCUCCGCCGGCAGCCGCACGCUCGAGUUCUUCCCCGAGGACGACUGCACGUCGUCCGCCCGGCGGGAGCAGAAGCGGGAGCAGUACCGCCAGGUACGCGAGCACGUGCGCAACGACGACGGGCGGCUGCAGGCCUGUGGCUGGAGUCUGCCGGCCAAAUACAAGCAGCUGAGUCCCAGCGGGGGCCAGGAGGACACCCGCAUGAAGAACGUGCCUGUGCCCGUGUACUGCCGUCCCCUGGUUGAGAAGGACCCCACCAUGAAGCUGUGGUGUGCAGCCGGAGUGAACCUGAGCGGUUGGAAGCCAAGCGAAGAGGAUUCGGGUAAUGGGACCAAGCCAACUCCAGGCCGGGACCCCCUGACCUGUGACCGGGAGACGGAAGGAGAGAGCAAGAGUAACCACACCUCGCCAGAGAAGAGAAAGGGGAAGGAGCUCCAUGAGACGGACGCCACCUCCAGCCGCGUCUGGAUCCUCACCAGCACCUUGUCCACCAGCAAAGUGGUGAUCAUCGACGCCAACCAACCGGGAACGGUGGUGGACCAGUUCACGGUCUGCAACGCCCAUGUGCUCUGUAUCUCCAGCAUUCCCGCGGCCAGCGACGGCGACUACCCGCCGGGCGAGAUCUUCCUGGAGGGAGACGUGAAUCCGGAGGAGUCGGGGGCCGACGGGGUCCUGGCGGGGAUCACCCUGGUGGGCUGUGCCACCCGCUGCAACGUGCCGCGCAGCAACUGCUCCUCCCGCGGAGACACCCCCGUCCUCGACAAGGGGCAGGGAGAGGUGGCCGCUGUCAGCAACGGGAGGAUCAACCAGUGCCAGUCCACCGAGGAGGCCACCGAGGCCACCGAAGUCCCCGAGCCGGGCCCCAGUGAGAACGAGACGGCUGCGGCCCGGCCCGGCCCCCUCACCGAGCACGUCUUCACGGACCCGGCGCCCACGCCGGCGGCCACGGAGCCGGGCACCCGGCCGGUCAGUGAGAACGGGCAGCAGAAAGCCGAGGCCGGCACCGGCCCCCCGGAGCAGGAGGCCAACGGGGACCCGGCGGGGAUCGGCACCAGCGCCGCGCCCACCAUGUGGCUCGGGGCCCAGAACGGCUGGUUGUACGUUCACUCUGCCGUGGCCAACUGGAAGAGAUGCCUGCACUCCAUCAAGCUGAAGGACUCGGUGCUGAGCCUGGUGCACGUGAAGGGCCGCGUGCUGGUGGCCUUGGCAGAUGGGACCCUGGCCAUAUUCCACCGAGGGGAAGAUGGGCAGUGGGACCUCAGCAAUUACCACCUGAUGGACCUGGGCCACCCCCACCACUCCAUCCGCUGCAUGGCCGUGGUCUACGAUCGCGUCUGGUGCGGCUACAAGAACAAAGUCCACGUCAUCCAGCCCAAGACCAUGCAGAUCGAGAAGUCGUUCGACGCCCACCCGCGCCGGGAGAGCCAGGUGCGCCAGCUGGCGUGGAUCGGUGACGGCGUCUGGGUGUCCAUCCGGCUGGACUCCACGCUGCGCCUCUACCACGCUCACACGCACCAGCACCUGCAGGACGUGGACAUCGAGCCCUACGUCAGCAAGAUGUUGGGUACCGGCAAACUGGGCUUCUCCUUCGUACGCAUCACGGCCCUGCUGAUCGCUGGCAACCGUCUCUGGGUGGGCACUGGCAACGGCGUGGUCAUCUCCAUCCCCCUGACGGAGACUGUCGUCCUGCACCGAGGCCAGCUCCUGGGACUCCGGGCCAACAAGACGUCGCCUACGUCGGGCGAAGGGAGCCGGCCGGGGGGCAUCAUCCACGUGUACGGGGACGACAGCAGCAGCUUCAUCCCCUACUGCUCCAUGGCCCAGGCCCAGCUCUGCUUCCACGGCCACCGUGACGCCGUCAAGUUCUUCGUCUCCGUGCCCGGAAACGUCCUCGCCACCCUCAACGGGAGCGUCCUGGACAGCCCCUCGGAGACCCCCGGCUCGGCCGCCUCCGCCGCCGACACCGCCGAGGGCCAGAAGCUGAAGAACGCGCUGGUGCUCAGCGGCGGCGAGGGCUACAUCGACUUCAGGAUCGGUGACGGGGAAGACGACGAGACGGAGGAGGGCGGCGGGGAUGCGAGUCAGGCGAAGCCCGUGCUGUCCAAGGCCGAGCGGAGCCACAUCAUCGUGUGGCAGGUGUCCUACGUCCCCGAGUGAUGACCCCGCCCCUCCUCACCUUCCCCUCCCUCCUCCUCUUGCUGCUGCUGCUGCUGCCUGAAUGCCCAGCUGGCCACAUGUUGUACAUAUGAGCCCCCUUCCCUCCCACCCCCCGGGGGCGGGGACCGGCCCCCCUGCUUUCUCUCCCCUCCCCUCCCACUUACUCCCCCCCGGGGCCCUAGCCUUAAAACCCCCACCCGUGCACGAGCCCCCAGCCCAUCAGUUAGUCCUCCCCACUGUGCCAAUCAACUCGGUUGCCGGCGGUGCGUGGAGGCUUCUCCCCCGGGCCCUUUGCCAAGCUCCCCCCUGCCCCCCCCAAAUUCAGACUCAGUGGGGCCAGAUUCUGGCCGACUCCCCAAGCUGGGGAGAGGAAAGGAAGCUGGGGCCCGGAGCGGGGCGGGGAGAGAGGGACCUAAGUCCCAGCCCGGCCCGGGGUUGGGGGCCCACCGACGGGAUGGGCCAGGAGCCCCCAGGGCCGAGGGGGGUGCCGGGAAGGCAGAAUCCGGCCUCGGCUUGCUGCUCCGGGCUUGGGCCAGCCUGGGGAGGGGAGGGGAGGGCCUGUGCCCGGUCUGGAGUCCCUCCCCGCUCCCCCCCCCCUUAGAGUGGAAACAGCUGGAGCAGUCAGCCGGCCCUCCUGCACGACCCCCUCUCCCCUCUCCCCCCCCACCCCAUUACCAAGUGCCUCGGCUCAGCCUGGCUGGCUGCCGGCCUCGGGGGCGGCGCGGGGGGCAGGGGCGGUCCUGGAGGAACGAGGCCGGGAGGCAGCUAACCCAGACUCCAGGCCCGCUGACGGCGGCGGGGGCCGUGGCGGCCAGCUCCCUGCCUCCGCCCUACACGCGCUCGCCCGCCGCCCGCCCCGUGCCCCCGGAGCACCGGGCAGCAAUCCCCGGCCUCCGCUGCCCGCCCUGGGCCCGGCCGCUCCCCGUCCGUCUCCCCGCGUCCCCGGGCCGGCCGGCGGCGUCCACCAGUUCCGUCCCGCCUCCCCCCCAACCGUUUUCCCAUAAGAAGCACACGCCACACGGUCCUCCGCGAGCUCUCCGGUCCUCCCCGCCCCCUCGUGCCGCCGGGGCCGAAACGGAUCGCCUCGUCCCCCUUCCCCCCGCCGCCGUCGCUCCACUGUGAUGUAUGUAAAGUCCCUCGUCCGUCCCGGGAGGGUCUUCCCGUGCGUCCGUCAGGGCCCGGCCCCUGCCCGGUUCGCUGAGAGGGCUGCGGAGGUGAGGUGUGGAGGGCCGGCCGGAUGGAUACACCCCCCUCCCCUCCAUCCCUGUCCCCCCCCAGGCUUUGGCCCCGUGACAACCGUGUACCUGUUCUGUACGUAAUAAACGUGUUACCAUCCCGA